AUGAAGGAGGCCGGCCAUUCAUGCUUUGCUGCAGUUUUCGACGCCGACAUCGCCGCUAUCCCGUUAAGAACGAUGACCUCAAUCCGGCACAUCGACCCGCAGACCGGUAAAGGGUAUCACCGCGACGAGGCCGCCCGCGUGCUAAAGAUGUGGGACUGGGCGCCGCCAUCACAAGCAGUGGUGGAGGUCAGGCUGGCCGACUGCGACCACCCUAUCCGAGAUAAAGUGCCGGGCACAGUGUCGGACGGGCAUGUCGGUGCCGGCGUGCUUUCCGCGACGUCGUUCGGGUGGGUAGCGAAACCGAUCGACCAUUUGACAGGCGAGAAGGGUCGUAGUGGGGUGAGCAUUGAGAGCGUCGGGAUGAAGGGGCUGAAGGCUUUGCGCGACAGCAUGGUUGAGUACGUCGGCAAGGUCAUUGCCGUAAAACGCACCGCAGCGCCGACUUCUCAAGCCGCCGGACCCGCCGACAGUGCCAUUAAUGACAACGGCGCGGAAGGACAGAAGGCGCCCCAAGGUGCAGUUGCCGCCCAGCAUCAGGGGAACGCGAGGGUGCAUGGGGAAGGUGGAAAUGGUGGAGGAGGCGACGCAGAGGCAGGUGCAGGAAGGUUGGAAACGGAGAAGUCGUCGUCGUCGUCUGAGUCGGAGUCGGAGUUGGAGGAGGAAGACGAGGCGGUGAAGCGUAAGGACGAGGAGGAGGAGGAGGAGGAGGAGGAGGAGGAGGAGGAGGAGGAGGAGGAGGAGGAGGAGGAGGAGGAUGAGGAGGAGGAGGAGGAGGAGGAGGAGGAGGAGGAGGAGGAGGAGGAGGAGGAGGAGAAUAAGGACGAGAAUGGUGAGAAGUGGGAGGGAGGGAAGGAUGAGGAGGGGGGGGAUGAAGAGGUGGAGCUCGUGGUGGAGUAUGUAGAGGGUACGGUUGAGGCGGUGGGGUCGGCAGAUCAGGGGAAUGAGGAAGAGAAGGAUGACGGCGCGGGAAAUGCUACGAGGUCGGCAGAUGUGGGGAAGGAGAAGGGCGAGGUCGGCGUGGAGGCAACGACGGGAAAUGGCCAGGAUGAGGCGGCCUGCGAGGGAGGUAGGAAGGUGUCGGUCGACGCCGGCGAAGGGGCGAACAACACGGGCGUGCAGGAGACAAGGGAAGCGCCUGGUCGGCAGGGCCCUGAACUGGACGACUUUGAGAAGCUGCGACGGGAGAACUGGUUGUUGCAGGCGGAGAACGCUCGGCUGGCGACGUUGCUCGAUGCGGAGCGGGCUCGGCUGGAUAGGUUUUUUGUUGGGGUCAGUGGACUCGUCGACCACGUUAAAGGGUUGGCCGAGCAGGUCAACGACACCGAGAAGUAUGCCGCGGAACACCUGCGAAACGCGACGGAGGCCAUGUUGAAGACCAUCACGGGCAACAUCACCGGCAGCUUUGACGAAGCGUGGAAGUCGAUGAAGACAUUCGCGGAAUAG